CACUUCACCAGAGUAUAAAAAGUCCCCAACUUUAUCCCGUUCAACCUAACUUUCAGUUACUAGGAUUCCUGGAUGCAUAGACAUUUCCGCUUGGAAUUGUAUUUCAUUCUCAUGAGGGGAUAACGUAUUUAUUUGCACGCGCCUUCAGACUUGUGCGAGAUGCCCGAAGAGCCAGCGCGAGACUCCUCCAGUUCUCCCGUGUCUCAAGCGGACAGCCUCAGCAACAGCGACGGAGAGCCCGACCAGCCACCGAAGAGAUCCGCGAGGAAAAGACGGUCGAUCAGAAAAAACGGGGACGAUUCCGAUAGCUCAACCCAGGGGAAAAGGGGGAAGAAGUCCAGCAACAGCAGCAGCCCUCAGUCUUUCGAAGAGCUACAGACGCAGCGCGUGAUGGCGAACGUGCGCGAGCGACAGAGGACGCAGUCGCUCAACGAGGCGUUCGCAGCUUUGCGCAAAAUCAUCCCCACUUUACCAUCCGAUAAAUUGAGCAAAAUACAGACGCUUAAACUGGCAGCCAGGUACAUCGAUUUUCUCUGUCAGGUUCUACAGAGUGACGAACUGGACUCCAAGAUGGCAAGUUGUAGUUAUGUUGCGCACGAGCGCUUGAGCUACGCGUUCUCGGUUUGGAGGAUGGAGGGCGCUUGGUCCAUGUCUGCAUCUCACUAGUGUUCAGGAAACUUUUUGGUGAAAUCCAUGCGCUGGCGAAACACAUGUGGACAAAUACGUCGACACAAUGCUGGAUAUGUGCAUUCCUUCUUAAUCUGAGGGGAAAAUUGAAAAAUUGUUCAAAUAGAGGUCAUGGCUUUUAUGAAGAGCAGGCCAUGGUCAGCGGACUGUUGCGCGUGCGCUGCAUAUGGACUUCCUCGCGAGUGUUAUUGAUGACGACGAAUGUUGGAAAUGUGUGCUUAUGCAUGUUUAUAUAUAUAUAUAUAUAUAUAUAUUAUUUUUAGAAGACUCAGUUGUGCAUAGCUUUCUUGGAGAAAGUUAAAUUGCAUCACAAGGACUCUCGAUGAGAAGAUGGGGAAUGAAGCCUCUAGUUCGAAUCCUGUGCAAAAUAUAAGGUUUUAGUAUUUAUUUAUUGAUGACACAAUUUUUGAAAUGAAGGCAAAUGUAUCCUGUGUCGAAAUGCAUUCUUAUUUUUUUGUUCCUUUUGUAAAUAAAGGUGUAUUUCUGUAAUAAAGAUGA